CUUUGUUGUUGAUAAAAAUUCAAAGCUUUGUAAAUUGAUGUCAAUCUACGAGUGACUCCCCAACUCGAGUUGAAUUCGGAAAUUUACUAAUUCUUGCACAAAAAGGUUAGCGUAAGUUCUUAAUACAGUUUAUUAUUGCCUAAAACUAUAUGCAAGAGUGGAAUAAAGCCGACAAGCAAAUGGAGUCAUCAGCAGCGCUAACAAAUACAAUCAACAAUGAAAAUCAAUCUGAAAUAAAAGGAAAUGGCAAUCUUAAAAGAAAACAUGGAAUACAUGGAAGUUCAGAUGAUGAAAAUGACUUCUUGGGCUUCGAUCAAGCCGAGCAAACCGACAGUCAACAUAUGAUUCAAAAUAUCAAAAAAAUUUGUACGGACUCUUCAUCGGAUGAAACAACACCGAAACGACUACAAACAGCACAUAAUCGUUCUACUGACAUCACAGAUCCAGUCUUUAAAUUACCAUUCAAAUAUGGUUGGAAGCGAGAACUUGUUUUACGAGCUGAACCUACUAGGAGUAAGGAAAAAGGUGAAGUUUAUUAUAUCACGCCCACCGGAAAAAAGUUGCGCACACGUCAAGAGAUUGAGAACAAUUUACACGAUGACCUCACCAUUGAUAACUUUACAUUAGUGAAAGUAGCCAUUGGCGCUGGAGACGAUGAAAUUAUUCGACCUGCAAAAUUCUACAAUUAUUCACGUCGUUCUAAUGUUGAUCCGGUUGUGGCUGAAGCAACUGCAAUGCCAAUAGGAAAGCGUGUUCCAAAGCCAAAACUACCGAAAGGCGCAAGUCCUCCUCCGUUAUCAAGCUAUCCAUCUACUCCAACCACAGCGUUAACUUCACCGACAUUUACUGGCAAUCCAAUUAAAAGUAUUUCAAUGAAGGAAAAUAUUCAAGCCAGCAGUAAAUCGCCUGUUCCAGUUCGUAAACCAGCUGUUAAAGGAAAACUAAAAGGUGAUGUGCGUUGCACCAUUCAGUGUCCAUCAGCAUUAGGAAAAAUUCCUCAAUUGCAAUGUAUAGUUUGCCUCUGUCUCUAUCAUCCCGAAUGUGCUAAAAAGUCGAUCGCGGAUAUCGAAAGUGGAACAUCGUUUACAUGUGAGAAUUGCAAUUUCAAAUUUACAAAAGCAGCGCAAAAUGCGCCGGCGAUGACAAAAAAGCAUCAUCAGUCGCAACCUACAACCACAGAAGCUUCACAUAAUUUUGAGAAAAAUCCUCAAACGCUUGUUACACUAAAUGGCAAGAAAUUUAUUGUUUACGAAACGGAUUCAAGUAAUGGAAUAGGAAAGAAGGUUCCAAAUCGAUCAAUCAUACAAAAGCCUUCAGUUGUUAAUACGAAUCGAAGUCAAUCUGUAUCAUCAAGCGUUGCAUCAUUUUCGCCGUUUAAUUUUUCAGAACAUUUCUUGCGCAAUGUGUCACUUGGCUUUGAUGUUCUUCUUCACACUUUUCAAUAUUUGAAAGUUCAGGAAUUACAACGUGCAAGUCGUGUUUGUCGCAUGUGGAAUUUGGCAGCUCAAAGCAGCAUUUUAUGGCGUACAGUAAGAAUGAAGAAUUCACAUGUCAAUGAUUGGGAAGGCUUUGCACGAACACUUCAAAGAAAUGGAACAGUUCAUUUGGAUUUGCGUAAGAUUUUAAUGGGAAAUCAAGAAGAAGCUUGGCGAAGCUUUUCCAACUUUAUCUCUCGUGUUGAUCAACUGCAGGGUAUUGACUUGUGUCGUUGUGAUUCGAUUGUUGUUGAGAACUUAUUUGUAAGCAAUCACAAUUUGCGAUGUAUCAAUGCCUUAUCGAUUAAAGAUGAAGCUUUGAACAUGGAAGGCUUACGCAAUCGUCAAACGAUGCUUGAAGAAAUGAGAAUUCGAGCACAUGGCAACGGACUAAUUUUGAACAAUUUUGAUUUCAAACCUUUGAUUAAUGUUCGCCAUUUAACAUUAACAACAAUUGAGAAUCUUCCUUCUCUCCUUAACGAUAAUGCUCAACUUCGUGAAUUGAUUGCUCUUGAAUCGCUUGAACUUGGCUUCUGUGAUCAACUUAAUGAUGUUCAGUUUGCUGGCAAUUUAAGCUUUCUACAGAAACUUCAGAGACUGAGAAUUGAAAAAGGAUCGCAAAAUUUCAACGUAAAUAAAGUUCUCGAUGUCAUUGCAAAGAACUUACCUGGACUUGUACAGCUUGAAUUGAUAAAUUGUGACAUUAAAAACGAUUUCGUUAGUUCGAUUAAGCAAUGUCGUAACAUUAAACGUCUUCUAUUGAUUCCGACUUAUGUAAGUCAAUCUGCUGCAACAAAUUUCAUGGUAAUGGACGGCGUCAUGCAUUUAACAAGUCUUGAAAUAAUUCAUUGGAUAGUGACAAAUGAAUUGUUGCGUGUUACUGAACUUUAUCAAUCGGAAAAUCGUCCGGAGAAAGGAAAAAAAUCACCGGAAAAGUCGGGAAGUGGAACAUCGUCGCCAGUAAAAGCAAAAGAUUGCAUCCCAGUUUUAAAGCCAGUUCCAGGGAAAGAAGACACUGAUGAUGGUGAUGCAAAUAUCCAACAAGUCGAAAUUGUUGCUCUUAAAACUGUCGAAGCAAUUUUACAGAAACGAUUACCGAAAACAACUGUGAAGUUGUUGAAAAUCUCUAAUCACUUUACAUGGCGUCAGGUCAUUGAUUCUGUGUGAAUUAUAUUAAUUUCCUAGUUAGAGAUUGUCGGAUUUACAUCAUCAGUGCAAAAACAAGACUCACAACAAUAAACAAUUGCACACGAUCAACAGAAACAAAAUUAAAAUUCACAUCUCAGCUUAUAAAUGAAAUUUAAAUACUUCUUAAGAGAUUUAUUGUAAAUUCAAAUUCACAUUUAAAUUCCAUGAAAUAAAGAAAAUAAAAAUGAAAAAGGAAGAAAUUUAAUAAAACAUAGAAAUUUAC